AUGUCAGGCUGGUUCAGCUCCGGCACCACGGCCCUCGACGAGCAGAUCGAGAAGGCAACUUCGUCCAGCCUCGAGGACAUCGCAACGAGCUUGGAGAUAUCCGAUCUAAUACGAUCUAAAACGGUGCAGCCUAAAGAUGCCAUGCGCUCCUUGAAGCGCCGAAUAGGCAACAAGAAUCCCAAUGUUCAGCUCUCUACCCUCAAGCUGACCGACACCUGCGUGAAGAACGGUGGCUCACAUUUCCUCACUGAGAUAGCGUCUCGAGAGUUCAUGGACAACCUGGUGUCUCUCCUCAAAGCAUACGGCCCAGCUGAAGUCAACGAGGACGUUAAGCAGAAGAUCCUAGAGCUCGUCCAGACGUGGGCCAGCGCCACAAAGGGAAGAUACGAUCUGUCCUACAUCAACACUGUGUACGAGUCUCUGCAACGUGAGAACUAUCGAUUUCCACCGAAGGUCGAGUUGUCCAGCAGCAUGGUCGACAGCAGUGCCCCGCCCGAGUGGACCGAUAGUGAUGUUUGCAUGCGCUGCCGGACGGCGUUUACCUUCACCAACCGGAAGCACCACUGCAGAAACUGUGGCAACGUCUUCGACCAGCAAUGCUCGAGCAAAACCAUUGCAUUACCGCACUUGGGCAUUAUGCAGCCUGUUCGUGUUGACGAUGGAUGCUAUGACAAGCUGCAGAGGAAGCAGAAACCUGGCGACGACCGCAGAGUCUCCUUCGCUACCAAGCCGAGCCCCAUGCAGCCCCGAAGCGCUCGUAUCGAACAUAGCUCAUUCGAUGAUGAUUUGAAGAAAGCACUCGAGAUGAGCCUGGAAGAGGCCAAAGGCAUCUCUAACACUGGCUACGUCUCACAAUCGCAAUCGAAGAAGGAAUCAAAGCCCAAAACGAAUGGCACAAAUAAUGAGGAAGAGGAUGAUCCGGACCUGAAGGCGGCAAUAGCAUUGUCCUUGAAAGAGGCGGAAGAGCAGGCAAAGAAGCACGCCGCGAAUUUCAGGAAGUCAACAACAAAUGACACUUCCGCGUCUUCUUCAUCGCAGCCUUUUGUCAUGCCGAAGAACGAUUAUGAGCUGUCGGUUAUGGAAGGCGAAAACAUCAACUUAUUCUCUACCUUAGUUGACCGGUUGCAGCACCAACCUCCCGGCACGAUCCUACGAGAGCCCCAAAUACAAGAGCUGUACGAAAGUAUUGGCAAGCUACGGCCCAAGUUAGCACGCACCUUGGGCGAGACGAUGUCCAAGAGCGAUGCUCUACUAGACUUACACUCCAAACUAUCAACAGUCGUCCGAUAUUACGAUCGUAUGCUGGAAGACCGCCUGAACAACACCUACAAUCAGCGCAACCCCGGGUACCCCGGGUAUGGCAUGCCGUCGCCCGCGAUCAACCACCAUCAGAACAGUGCGUACCCAUCGAUGCCGCCCAAUCAAACGCCUCAUAUGAAUCAUGCUCCAAGCGGCGCAGAAAAUUACUACUUCAGCAACGCACCAACCGACUCUUACGCCACACCUGCACAACAGCAUAUGCCUCCUCCUCAGCGUUCAUACUCCUACUCAAGCCAGAGCACCGAGAAGGCGUCGUACCCAGCCUAUCCACCGCAGGGCCAGGCUGCACCAAAUCAACCAAGCCAGUACAACCAGCCACCUUCUCCACAGCAAUACCAUCAACAGCAGGCCUACCCACCGCAGCCUCAACCACCAGCCUCACAGCCGCCUUCUGCGUAUCCAUCCCUCCCACCGGUCGAGCAAUCGCAACAGCAGCAGCCUCCGCCUUCUGGCUAUCCACCCCUCGCGCAGCAACACACUGGUGGCUCUUCCAGCGGUGCCUACCCAUCAAUGCCACCCGCCCCACCACAGUCGCAACAGUACCAACCGCCCCCUCAGCAGUACGCGCCUCCCGCUCAACAACAGCAUCAGCAGGCGCCGUACGCGUCAUACGCCCAAACAUACCCCGCCGCACCCACGCACGCUCCGCAGCCCGCGCAGCCGGCGGUGCCGCCGCCGCAGCCGAAGGUGGAGGAGAGCUUGAUCGAAUUGUGA